ACAACGCACAGCUUAUUCUUCCAGCGGUGCUUUCAGGCCCGGUUUUCCUUCCAGCCACCAUCUAUACUUCCAUACAACGCACUGCAAGUGCCCAUACAAACGAUAGCCCUCUCAUCCAGCGUACAGGCAGCUGCUCGGCGAUCCACAAUCUCCUGGUUGCUCUAUGGACUGUGUGAUCGGUUGUCAUUUUGUUAACACCUUCAUCUAUCUCCAUAUAUUCUCCAUAAGAUGAGCACCCCUAUAGAACCCAAAGAGCUUGGCACGUUGAUCGUGGUGGUGGGCAAGGCUAGAAAUCUACCCAACAAGUCUCGUUUUGGCAAACAAGAUCCGUUUUGUACCGUCAUCGUCGGUGAAGAAAAGCAAAAAACGAAACCUAUUAAACGAGGCGGACAGCACCCAGAAUGGGACGAAGAAUUCCGUUUUGCCAUCUUGGAGGACGUGGAAGACGUCGUUCAACGGUCAGAGUCGCAGUCGGAAUCCCUCAAUUCAUCCCUAAACGGCAAGCCCUUGCCAGUCCCGGAUGAUCCUGGAGUAAUAACAACUGCGGCAUUGGCGAGCAAGAGCAGGAAGAUCAAGAAGAAGGGAGGGAAAAGUAUGAAGGUCGCGUGCUUUGCCGAUGAUGCAAAAGAGCCGGAAUUGAUUGGAGACUGUGUGGUUAGCCUUGAGGACGUGUUGAAAAAGGGAGAGGUUGAUGACUGGUAUGAUUUUCAGUACAAGGAAAAAUAUAGCGGAGAAAUCUAUCUUGAGCUCACUUUCUUCUCCAAUGAAGCGCCCCCAGUGAAAAGAAACGUGCCUCGUCCAUCUAUACCAAGAUACGGUCCCCCUAGCCUUAACGGUUCAAAUUCGUCCAUGUCCUUCGGCUCCACGGCUGGGAAAGGCGCGUUACCACAGCUGAGUUCAGGGAGUAUCUCAGGUGCCAAUCUAUAUAUACCCCCUUAUGCCCCUCAAGCUGCUAGGGUACCAUCGCCUGCCUCUCAGCCUGGGCAAUCAACCAGCUUUGCUGAUCUUGGAUUACCCUCCGGGCAUAGGAAAAGCAGCCCCUUACCUCCCAUUCAACAGGCGCAACAUGGCUAUCAGCCAUCGUUUUCUUCAUCACUGUCCGUCAACAGUCGGGCCUCUGUUGACGUACUCACCCGGCCGAUGUCGUCGAUGUCUCUGAAUCCUUCUGUGAACAGUUUUUCGAUGUCAUCUGCACCUGCACCUUCUGCACCUUCGUCAAGUUAUGGUCAUAGCCACCGUCACUCGUUUGGUGGCAGUUCCGAGGCACCUUGGGGAUCUGUGUUACCUCAUUCUGGGUAUGCUCCUGCACCUACACCACACCUUAGGCCUAUAUCGACUCAGUCCAUAGGAGCUGGUUCAGAAGCUCCAUGGGGGUCUAUGCUUCCUCAAUCUCAUCCAGCACCAGCACCUACACCUCAUCCUCGGCCCAUGUCAACAAAUGACGCUUUAACGGGGGAGCAGACCAUGAGAAUGGAGGCGGAUAGAUUGAGAACCGCUGCAACGCCGAUGCUUAGACCGUCGUCAGGCAUGUCACAUGGUGCUGCGCCUGCCAGUCUAGCGCCUCCUGUGGCUCCAAUAUCAGCUCCGUCACCGCAGGAUAGUCGCAUAACAUCUACAAUCCCCGAGUCUCUUCGCCCAGCUGGUCCUCCCCAACCCCAUCAACACUACUCCCAACCGCCUCCACCAUUUACUUCCAAUCAAUAUCAUGGUCAGCCUCCGACACCGGCGCCACCUUUACAUUCCCACUCUGCUGGCUCCAUAAGUCCUGUGGCGACUACCUUGGGACAUUACCAGGUACCCUCUUCCUCAUUCAGUGGUCUUGCUCAACCGCCUGGCGAUUCAAGGAGAGCAUCCAGCCCGGGUCCAGGAUAUUACGCUCAGCAAUCUGCGGGGCAAUUUCAACCUCAAUGUCAAGUGAACGGUGCAUAUGGAAGUCCGGUAGGUGGUAAUGGGUACGGUCAACGGGAGGGGUAUUCUACGCCUACCAGAAGCAAUAUUUAUCCGGUACCGCCUGCACAAGAUCACCAACAGUCACCGCCGUCAUCCCAAGGUUACUAUCCUCCACAGCCGCCGCAAACCCCUCAGUCCUACCCUCCGCAGUCGUCCCCAACGCCACAACCGUAUUAUCAGACACUUCCUCCUGCUCAUCAGCAGCAACCACCUCUACCUCCCGCACCUCCGCAAAGUUAUGCUUAUUCACAGUCCUCGGUUUUGCCUCACAGGCAGCCGUCGCCGGUGCCACCCCCUCCGCAGCCUCAGACGAAUGAGAGCGGAUACGUCCCCUGGUAUCAGCAGACUCAAUCAGCGCAGCCACAACCUCAAUCCCAUACACCAUACCCUCAAUCCCAUACACCGCAACCUCAAUCCCAUACGCCACUACCUCAAUCCCAUACGCCACUACCUCAGUCUCAUACACCAUUACCUCAGUCUCAUACACCACUACCUCAAUCCCAUACACCACAACCUCAAUCUUAUCCCUAUGUACAACAGCCUUACGGACAACAGCCACAGCAUCAGGAUCAGCAGGCUUAUCACCUACUACCUCCUGCACCGCAAUAUUCUCAACCACUUCCACCUCCCCCACCUGUGCCCGAAAGGCGCCCACAGCCCCAGGCUCCAGCGCCUCCUCCUUCCAGGCCACCAUUUGGGUAUUACCCUUCAGAUGAGUUGUAUCUGCAAAGGCAAGAAGGUCGGGACCCUUACGGGAGAUGAGAAGAGUAAUGUAAUGUAAUAACAAAUAGAUGAAUGCAAGGCACUGAUUUUGCCCACAUUGAAAAAAAGACCAGCUUAUUUAGCCUCAUGUUAGACUACGAAAGUAGCGGGGGAAGCAGAAUCAUGAAAAGGUGUACUGAAGGUCAUCUACCUCGCCGCCGGCAUCUAUG